AAGCGUCAAUCUGCAAAAGAAGGGUGUAUCCACAUUACAGACGGAUAUUGCCCGGCUAUGUGAUAAGGUGGGGUUGACAGCUUCUUAGAGAAAGUACGUGGGGGGGGGGGGGCGCGCUGCUAUGGAAAGGCAGAGUGAUUGUCCGGACUCGCCCCCGCCAGAGCCUGUUUUAGAUCUCCAACAAGCUUUAAUUAACAACCUGGAUUGACGCGCAAUACGGACAACCCUUGAGGGUGGGGCAUUCUCCUAUGGAAUGGUACAUAGCACGUAUCGCAUUAGAUCGCCUCGCACGGACAGGGGAAAUGGGGGAGGGAGGGAUCCUCCAGAGAGGGGGCGUAUGCGAGGGGCACCUGGAGGGGCUGUCGACGGACUUAGAAGUGAAAUGGAUUGCUGAAACAGCCUCACGCCUACCUAAUGGGGUAAGUAGACCCUGGGGGUUGACGCAAGGACCGGACUUGACGGGGUGAGCCCAGCUAAACAGGAGGCCCGCAUGCAGGACCAGAACUUGACCGAGGUGUGAAGAUUUGCGGGGCAAGCAGAAUUAGGGUUUGGACAGGUAAAGGGGCAUUCGAUUAACGGAGUAGAAGGGUUAAUGGAAUGACCAGAGAUUAGGUAGAGGAGAGACUAGGAAUUGACAAUAGACGAGCAAAGUAGGUUGGCUAGGGGGGGACUGUCCUUCGUGGAUCCACGGUGCCAGCAGCAGGCUGCCCUGGUGAACUAAUGCUGGAAGAUGUGGACAAAUUUGCACACCAUGCAAGGACUACGCCACUACCGGAGUUGAACCAUUGCAGCAAAGCCAAAUUCAUGUAGAAGGUAUGAGUAUACAAGCGUAUGGAUGCGGGAACAACACGGUAACAGUCUAAAAUUUUUUUUGCCGGUCCUGCACCGUUUGAUGCGGCGGCGUAAAGGAUCUUACCCUUUCCAGUCAAACAAAGUUUCAAUUACAUCACCACCCAAAUUUAUUAUAAAGAGGAGGGAUCCCCGGAAUGGCCAGGGAGCAAGAUGAACGAUGCAACAGGAAGCUCCGGCAAUAAGUACACGAGGCACACUAGCAGGACCAGCUUAGACACUCAUUCCAGUAAGAACCCGGCGACGAUCAACUCAGGCCGUGCACCCAUACACCCAACGACCACAAGCACAAGCACCCCAGGAACGCAUUUGGAGCUUGAAGGAAGGCCCAGUGACACCCGGACAACAAACAAAAAGUAUUCAGAGGAACCCACUGAAUCGAACGAACGUGACCGAGCGGUGCAAGAGUACGAUUUUUUAAAUUUCGACACUCUCACUCCACUUGACCAGGACAACAACAACGACGAUCUCCAGAGUUUUUCAUUAGACAUGGUAUCGGCCGACAUGGAUUUUGAACAGGCAUACUCGACAUACACGAGUCUCCAACAGAAGCAGGCGCUUUCUGCGGUUGAGCAUUUGAAGAAGGUUCAGAUGUUGAACCAACAGUAUGACUCGGCGUUUGGCGGGCCCAUGAUGUUCCCGGGCAAUUCAAACUACGAGUUCCCCAGCGAUAUCUAUUCAUUUCCCAACACGGCGCCCGAUUUCACAUCGAACCCUCAAACACAUGGUCAGCAGGUUCUGUCCCAUGGACAGGCUGGCGCUGCUGGCGCUGCUGGUCAGAGUACACAGACUUCCAACGACGGAGGAAUGGGCAUACCCGAUGACUUUGAUCAUUUCUUCUCGUCGACCGAGAGCAAUGCGUUGGAGAAGUUUCUUGACAAUCUUGCCAAUCCACAGCCUCUGACAAACCAACAGACGGAGUUCUACACAUACCAACCUUCACAAUCCUCGUCUGUGCUGACACAAUCACCCAGCCAGCAGUUCAAAGACGAGCCCCAGGACACUCCACAAGAUGUGAAGCACGAACUUUCAGAGGCGUUUUCACAUCCUCCAUCACUCAGACGGUCAGUAGUCUCUGCCACAAGCUCUCCAUCACUCGUUUCACCUCCAAAAAGAGCAUUUGAGUAUGACGACCAAACACCACAACAACAGCACGGAAUCCACCGAUUCAACCAGUCGUCAAGUCCAGAAGAGACGCCACGUAAGCGCAAGCGGUCGACGACGAAGCAGCUUCUUUCACUCGAACAGAAGCGGUUGAACCACCUGUACCUGGAGCAGAAGAGAAGACAACUCUGUAAAUUGGCUUAUGAGCGGUGUCUCCGGUUGAUUGUCGACCUCGACGAGUACGUGAGCAAGAACCUGGGCACCAAGAAGUCGAUGAAGCGGAAGCAAAAGAUCAAGGACGGGCUCCCCAACGUUUCCAAGCACACGGCAUUGGUACGACUCAGCGAGGAGAUCAUCACGAUCCAGACAAAGAACCGGGAGCUUCAAAAGUUGUUGCAAAUUUAGUUCACGCAAGGACAACGUGUUUUGUAUAAUAUAUUAUUAUUCGGUAUUUAUUAGUAUUAAUGGAGUUU